CUAUCAAAGGCUGCAGUUACUCCAAUCUUGUCUGCUCGUGCAUACCAUAAAAUUUCUUUAAUUAAUAUUAUUGAAGUUUUUGGAAGAAUUCAAUCACUUAUUGCUUGUCAAUUAGGCAACUUUAAUAUUGGCAUAAUAAAUUUAAAAACAUCUUGGGUUUCUUGGUUUUCUAUAAAAUUGUUAAAGGGUACUUGCUGUUUUAUUUUUGGUGGUGCAAAUUUACUAGUUGAUGAAAUGAAUUCAUUUGUAAAAAGCAAAUUGGAUGUGGAUGUUGAAGUCUCAGAAAUCAUAGUAGAAAGUUUAUUCUCUGAAUCAGAAUCAUCCUUUCUUGCUAUUAGUACUGAUCAAGAAAAAAUCUCUGUAAUCUUAUCCGCAUUAUACUGUUCAUUAAAAUUUGGACAACUUCGAAGAUGGCUUCGAUAUAGUUUCGCCUUAUUAGAAACAAAAUAUUUAGGUUUUGUUAUAGCAACAAGUAAG